AUGGACAGCAGCUCCGUCCCCACCAACGCCAGCAAUUGCACUGAUCCCUAUACGCACGCUUCAAGUUGCUCCCCAGCACCUAGCCCGGGGUCCUGGGUCAACUUCUCCCACCUAGAUGGCAACCUGUCCGACCCAUGCGGUCCGAACCGCACCGAGCUGGGCGGGAGCGACAGCUCGUGCCCUCCGACCGGCAGCCCUUCCAUGAUCACGGCCAUCACCAUCAUGGCCCUAUACUCCAUCGUGUGCGUGGUGGGUCUCUUCGGAAACUUCCUGGUCAUGUAUGUGAUCGUCAGAUACACCAAAAUGAAGACUGCUACCAACAUCUACAUUUUCAACCUUGCUCUAGCAGAUGCCUUAGCAACCAGUACCCUGCCCUUCCAGAGUGUCAAUUACCUAAUGGGAACAUGGCCGUUUGGAACCAUCCUCUGCAAGAUUGUGAUCUCCAUAGAUUACUAUAAUAUGUUCACCAGCAUCUUUACCCUCUGUACCAUGAGUGUUGAUCGCUACAUCGCAGUCUGCCAUCCCGUCAAGGCUCUGGAUUUCCGUACUCCCCGCAAUGCCAAAAUAGUCAAUGUUUGCAACUGGAUCCUCUCUUCAGCCAUUGGUUUGCCUGUAAUGUUUAUGGCAACAACAAAGUACAGGCAUGGUUCCAUAGAUUGUACACUCACAUUCUCUCACCCAACCUGGUACUGGGAAAACCUGCUGAAAAUCUGCGUUUUCAUCUUUGCCUUUAUCAUGCCUGUCCUCAUCAUUACAGUGUGUUAUGGACUGAUGAUCCUACGCCUCAAGAGCGUCCGUAUGCUCUCUGGCUCCAAAGAAAAGGACAGGAAUCUGCGAAGAAUCACCAGGAUGGUGCUGGUAGUUGUGGCUGUGUUCAUUGUCUGCUGGACUCCCAUUCACAUUUACGUCAUCAUUAAAGCCUUGAUCACAAUCCCAGAGACUACAUUCCAGACUGUUUCCUGGCACUUCUGUAUUGCUCUAGGUUACACAAACAGCUGCCUGAACCCAGUCCUUUAUGCAUUUCUGGAUGAAAACUUCAAACGAUGCUUCAGAGAGUUCUGUAUCCCAACCUCCUCCACCAUUGAGCAACAAAACUCCACUCGAAUCCGUCAGAACACUAGAGACCACCCCUCCACGGCCAAUACAGUGGAUAGGACUAACCAUCAGCCUUACCCAGGACCACUGCUGGGGCCUCUUGUCCCAUCGAAUCCUCUGAGCGUGCUUCCCUCCUGCUCUCCGGGAAACACAGCUCCCAGCCUGCCUGGCGGAGAGCUUCUCCUGUUCAGCAUGAUUGUCCUGCAGUUGCCCCGACCCUGCUCUUGA